AUGGCGAGUCAAGAUACCAAAGUUUUCUGUUCAUUUUGCAAUGAAGAAUUUUCAUCCUCGAAAACUAUGGGAGAUCAUUUGAUGAUGUGUGGUAAUAAAACAGAUCAAUGUCCUAAUUGUAGACAAUUCAUUCGACGAGCUAUAUUUGCUUAUCAUUAUGAAAAUAAUUGUGCUAAUCCGGAUGCACCAACGAGAGAUAAUGAAUCUAAUCAGAAGGCACAAGACACUACUCGAUCACAACAAUUCAACGAUUCUAAUGAUAAUGCAUUUAUUCCAUGCGAAUAUUGUAAUCAGGGAAUUCAAUGGGAUCUUUAUGAUAAUCAUACGAAAGCUUGCCGUGAAGAAUACUAUAAACAACUACAAGAAAAGACACGACGUAGUAGUCAACAACCAGCGCCCGCUACUACUACUGCUAAAUGUAUCCAUUGUCGAUUGCUAAGAUCGCUCGAAGGCCUUGCCUAUCAUCAGGGACAAGUUAAUGAUGCAGAACGCCUCAUUUCAUGUUCCUUCUGUAAUGAAAAGUUUAUGUCAACAAAAGAAAUGGGAGAUCACUUGUUGAUGUGUGGUAACAAAACAGAUCAAUGUCCACAUUGUAAAAAAUUUAUUCGACGAGCUGUGUUUGCUUAUCACUAUGAAAAUAAUUGUACUGAUUUGGAUGACACCGAUAAUGAUACUCAUUCUCAUGCCAACAAACCUGUCGUUUCACCAACAUUUCACCCUAAUAAUUCAUUACUAUCUUCAACAAGAUCAGCUGCUGGUCAAGAAAAGAAAAUCACAAUAAUGACGGUUAAUCUUAGAACGCCUUCAGACAGAGAGACUACCACAUUCCAACGAUCAAAUUCAGGAAUACGAACAACUGUCUUAUGUCAAUUUUGUAAUUGUGAGUGUGACCCAGCCGAUCUUGAAGCACAUCGAAGUGCUUGUCUUAAGAAUCCAGAUAAAAUCAAGAAAAAACACCCAGCACCGACUGAUGGAGAUUUCAAUCAAUAUCGAGAUCGAUUGCAUCAUGACGAUCAAUCAGAUGACACUGCUCUUAUUCCUUGUGAAUAUUGUAAAAAACCAAUUGAAUGGCGACUUUUUCAAGAACAUACUAAUUCUUGUGCUAAGCAAGAACAUGAACGAAUACAACAACAAUCAAGAGUCAUUCAUCAAGAUAACAAUAAUUACGUUGGUCGAUGCAGAUAUUGUAAUGCAGAGUGUUCGAUGGAUCGUCUCACUCCUCAUGAGGUCAGAAUUUUUUUACACUUUUAUAUUCUAAUUUUAAUUAACUUCUGACGUAGAAAUAUUGCA